GAGAAGAGGCGAGGGAGGGGGAAGGGGAGUAGUGGCUUGUGCGCCUGCCACGGCGGGGGCUCCGUGACGCGCGGGCCCCUGUGUGCGGCAGCGGCGGCACUAGCGGGGGCCGGGGCCGGGCCGGGAGUGCGGCGGCGGCGGCGGUGGCCGGAGCGGAGAGCGGAGCGGAGCUGGGGCUGGGGCUGGGCCUGGGGCUGGGGCCGGGGCCGGAGCCACAGCGCCGGGUCCGAGGAGCAGCCGCCCCCCCGCCCGGGCAGCUCUAUGGACAGGAGCUCCCUGCUGCAGCUCAUCCAGGAGCAGCUGGACCCAGACAACACUGGCUUCAUUGGCGUUGAGACCUUCACUGGCCUGGUGCACAGCCAUGAACUGCCACUGGACCCUGCCAAACUGGACAUGCUGGUGGCACUGGCCCAGAGCAACGACCAAGGACAGAUCUGCUACCAGGAGUUGGUAGACCUGAUCAGUAGCAAACGCUCCAGUAGCUUCAAGAGGGCCAUCACCAAUGGGCAGCGUGCCCUGCCUCGGGAUGGGCUACUGGAUGAGCCAGGCCUUGGUUUCUACAAGCGCUUUGUGCGAUACGUGGCCUAUGAGAUCCUACCUUGUGAGAUGGACCGCCGAUGGUACUUCUACCAGCACCGAACCUGCCCACCCCCAGUCUUCAUGGCUACUGUCACACUCACCCAGAUCAUCGUGUUCUUGUGUUAUGGGGCCCGGCUGAACAAGUGGGUGUUGCAGACCUAUCACCCUGAGUACAUGAAGAGUCCUCUGGUAUACCACCCCGGCCACCGUGCCCGAGCCUGGCGUUUUCUCACCUACAUGUUCAUGCAUGUCGGGUUGGAACAGCUGGGCUUCAACGCUCUCCUGCAGCUCAUGAUUGGCGUGCCCCUGGAGAUGGUGCACGGGGUGCUUCGGAUAGGUUUCCUUUACUUGGCAGGCGUGCUGGCAGGUUCCCUGACAGUCUCCAUCACGGACAUGCGGGCCCCGGUGGUAGGGGGUUCCGGUGGCGUCUAUGCCCUCUGUUCUGCCCACCUGGCUAAUGUUGUCAUGAACUGGGCCGGGAUGCGCUGCCCCUACAAAUUGCUGAGGAUGGUGCUGGCCCUGGUGUGCAUGAGCUCAGAGGUGGGCCGAGCCGUUUGGCUCCGCUUCUCCCCGCCCCUGCCUGCCUCAGGCCCUCAGCCCAGCUUCAUGGCCCAUCUGGCGGGCGCCGUCGUGGGCAUCAGCAUGGGCCUGACCAUCCUCCGAAGCUAUGAGGAGAACCUGCAGGACCAGUGUGGCUGGUGGGUGGUGCUGCUCUCCUAUGCCACCUUCCUCCUUUUUGCCAUCUUCUGGAACAUCUUCGCCUAUGACCUGUUGGGGGCACAGGUCCUGCCUCCCCCCCCCUAGUGUCCCCUGAAAGUGCCAACACCGCCACUCCGGUGCCACCAUCUGCCAGGCAGCCAGGAUGCGGUUGUUAUUCCUCCCUGUUAACGUGAACCUGACUGAGAUGGGUCUAAUGCCUGGCCCGGUUCUCCAGUAACAAGAACAACAUAAGGUGCCAACUUCCCACUGGAUGCUGGGCUGGGCUGGGCAUGCAGGUGCGUGCAUGUGAUUCUGUGUGCAGGCUAGUCAGGGCACAGCCCCCCUUGGCAGGACCUCCAGGUGUGGGCCUGCAUGUCCACCCUCUACUGAAUGUAUGUUUUAAAGCUGCUUUUCCCACCCCUGCCCCCUGUGCCCACCUGCCUGGGAAGGGCAGGGGCCCCACUGCUCCCCCCCCCCCCACCAAUUUCCCUCAGCUGGCUCUUUUCUCUCUAAUUCUCCCCAGUGGCUGCAGGGACUUCAGCUCUAUGGCCCUACAAGCUACUGAAUUCAGGGCCUCUCAAGCCUUACACUGGUCCUGGGCCCAAAUCCUCUCCCAAGUCUCCCUGCCACUAGGGAAGCCACAGUCUGAGGCUGCCCCAGGGAAGGUAGGAGGGGAUGUUGCCUGGAGGAAGUCAGGGGUAGUAACCAGAGGAGAGCACCCAGCAGAGCAGAAUAGAGGCCCCAGGGCCUCCAGAGUCAAGAGCCAGUUUGAUGGAUUUGCUGUCUGAGCCUUUUUGGAGUAUGAAUAAAUAUUUUACACAGCAGCUGGCCAAGCAGUCUCCAAGUAGAACGCCAAUCUCAGCUCCCGGCCUACCCCCAACACUGCUCAAAUGACCUUCGCUCUCCCUUCUCCCCCUCCUCUAGAAGCCCUGCUGUUGGAAUAGAGGCCAAAGCAGAUUCCCCUGGGAUCUCCUGCUAUUUCCAGCUUCUGGUCUUUCCCAACAACUUCUCGGGCCUGUAAAGACUUCCCUCCUCACACCUCCGAAUUUAGGCUCAUGUGUGAAGGCAAUUAGGAAGCUGUUUACACCUCCUGCCAUAGCAGUUAGCUAAGAGCUGCUGAGCCACUAGGGCCCACCCCAUUCAUUUCCUGAAAUCCCAGGAGGCCCAAAGCAGGGCCCUACCGGCUUUUAAGCACCUACAUACAGCCUUUUCUAGUUUCUGAAUUUGGGGAAAGCCCCAGUAGCUGGUGUUUUAUCUCCGGAAAACUAAGUUCUUUCUGAUUUCCCCCUCUUCCUGGCUUUCCCUGAGAGAAUCAUUUCUCUAUUCAAUUAAUACUAUUCAACUUUCUGAGGGAAGUAGGGUAUCCCCCAACAACACAUCCAGGACAAAAGAAAACAAACACUGGGCGAGUUUGAGCCUUGGUCUGUGGAGGAACUGAACACAACUCCCAUGGGGCAUUUAGUGAUGGGACUGGAGACCCACUUUCCAUCCUCCUGACUCCCAGCUCAGUGCUAGCCUGGGAGAGGAUAUCAAAGGAGUUGAGAUCCCGAGGAGGUGGGGACAGUAGGCAACUUUUUUUUUUUUAGCAACAAACAUUUUAUUUUUUCCAGU